AUGAUGACAAAGUGGCCCCCAAAAGAGCUCGGGAAGCACAGAGGCGUCCGCUCUGUUGGCUCAGUUCACCGUAUUUCCCACGUGGUGUUUGGCAAGGGGCCGGCCGACGGGCAACAACCCACCCCUGACGAUCACACCACACCUUGGACACCUUCGAACAGGGAUCUCUUCGAGCGAGCGAGCGAGCCGCUGGCUGCUGCUGCUGCAAGCUUCUUGCUCAUCAGGCUUUCAGCAGAGACGGGGUGCGAAUUACAGAUAGUUCGCGAGCCAAGAACGCACAGUCGAAGCCUGAUUGAUGUUGGCUCGACACAGCCCAUCGCUGGUCAGCUGAACUCCGCCGGUCUUGCUGUUGGUGCCGUUGCUUCGUAG